AACACGCCCACAUUUUGGGAAAUUAGCUUAUUCACCGUAUCCCCCAGAGUUAGAUAAGUCCAUACAUACCUCUCUCAUCUCCGUGCGUGCUGUAACUCUGUCUGACGCAGCCCCCGCUAGCUUAGCUUAGCACAAAGACUGGAAAUGCAUGGCUCCAGCUAGCAAACUGCUCCCAAAAAGUGACAAAAUAACGCGGACAUUUUCCUAUUUAUGUGUUGUAAUUUGUAUAGUCACAUCGUGUACAAAUAACAAGCUCGUAUGAGACACGGACAUCUUUUAGUCGUAUAUUGCUGGGAACUAUAUAUUCUCAGGCGCAGAGCUGCUGCUGGGGCGGAGUGAUUUGCUCGCAGCACCUGAGUGAGAAGCCCCGUGGUGAGGAGCAGAGAGUUCGCUCAGAGUUGGAGUAACGGAGUUAGCGAUUGCUAGGUAGUAAAUUUAUUACAAUCAUGGGUGUUUACUGUAUUGUAAAGAGCUGCAACAAUAAACAGGGGAGACCAGGUAAUACCAUGAUGUUUCACAGAAUUCCAACUAAAAAUGCUGACCUGAUGAAACAAUGGCUGCUUGCUCUGGAUAUAGACCCACACACACCUGUAGCCACCAUCAAGGGCUAUCGUGUUUGCUCAGAGCAUUUCAGAGAGGAUGACUAUUUUCAUAAAAUGGAAUUUGCUACACGGACAAUGAAACGUGUGCUGAAGGAUACGGCCAUCCCAUCGAUCGUACAGACAGGACAAAGUGGAUCACCUGCGGCUACGGAUGAGCCGAGUGACCUGCAGCUGGAUCUGCCAGAAGUUGAGGAUGCUUCCAGCCUGUUUGCAGGUGUACCACACUCAACCCCCCGAAAAACCUGUACUGCACCCACUGCAGAGUUCAAAUCUCCACUAACUUUGAAGCUCACAAGUCCUGCUCAGACAGCUACAGGGACAAAGCCAAUGAUUGCCUUGGCACCCAGCUGGACACAUCAAUUGGUAGGAUAAUUCAUAUUUUAUCAUUCGAUGAAUUUAUGCGUUCUGUGUGAUAAAUGCAAGAAGUCUUAUAACUAAAUAAAAUCUAUAUUUCCUUUAUAGGACACUGCUACAUCGUCUAAGAUGAUGGCUACCUGCAGGCCAAAAAAAAGUAUAAUCUUUCAUGUAAGUAGCAAGUCAGGUUAUUUAUCCAUGAUAGAUAAAAAAUGUUAUCAAAACAUUUACAUACAUUUUGAUCAUUCAGCUGA